AAUCGGAAGAGGCGGUGAUUGGAGGGAGGGAGGUAACGUCAUCGCGCGCGACUCAAAAGCCCAGGAGCUCGAGAGAAUCGGGGAGAUCCGGGAAGGAAUUUCUAGAUUCGACACCAUGACCAAGCUACUGCAGUGGCUCUUCGCAUUGGCCCUUUUGGGCGGCACCUGGGCAGCCCUCACCUUGAACCUUUUGGGACUCAAUCCGCUGCCCCCACCCUUGUACCAAGUACUGUGGCCACUGCCCACCUACCUGCUGGUGACGUUCGGCUGCUACUCCCUAGGCACCGUUGGGUACCGCUUGGCCACUUUCAAUGACUGCGAGGAGGCAGCGCGGGAGCUGCAGGCCCAGAUCCGGGAAGCUCGGGAUGACCUCACCCGACGUGGCUUGAAGUUCUGAUCCUGGCUGCAGAGGACUGGUGCCCCAGAAGCAAUUGUGGGAUGGGAGGGGGGGGGAGUCUCCUUGGUCUGCCAAUCAAAACUGGUUGAACUCUG